GUCUCUAGUCGCUUCCGAUGGACAUCUAGGUUGCAUUAAAUUUUAAUUAAGCUAGUAUGAUUUCAAGGAUUUCAAGUUAUUUCAAAGAGUCAUUUCCAAUGAGUUUCUAUUUGAGUUGGUGUUUGCAGCAACAAUUUUAGUUAUAUUUUACUUUUACUUUUUGGUCUAUUAAAAUGAAGUGUAAGCUCAUAAGAGAUCCUGAUGAUGCAAAUAGAAUCGAGAUCAAAACAUGAACCAAUGUGAAUUUAUUGAUCCAUAAACUAUAUUUUCAUUGGAUCUAACAUGAUGGAUGAAGUCAUGGGGAGUUUUAAGAAAACCCCAAUUCAUCUUAUAUAAUAUUCUCGGACUUUCGAAUUUUGAUUUUGCGUGGACCAUUGAAUACGCAAUUUCAGCUUGUGAACGCAACAGCUGGAUCGAUGAAGCUUAUAGAAAGGUGUCACUGCCAUUGGCCUACCUAACUCUCACAAGCACAAUAUACAAAAAAUGUGAUUUUUGCUUGGAUACUUAUUUCUAGACACAUCUACGAAAGUUAAAUCUCUAAAAUUUCAUGUUGUCUCUAAAUUAGUAAAAAUUUUAAUUGUUGUUUUGAGUUGAACAGAACCUUUGGCAUUGAUGGUAAUAAUAAUUGCCAAAUUUGCUGAGACUGAAAGCAGUGUGAUAAAAAAAAUAUUUGUUAAAUUACUGAAGAUAAUAUAUACUCGAUGAGUAGUGGUGCAUGGCACAUGGGGAAUGUAUGUAUAAGUGGGGGUGGAUAGAAAAAAAAGGGUAAGAAAUUAAAAGAACCAAACAGCAAAAUGAUGGAAAGAAGAUGACAAAUUCAGCAAUUGCGGAUUCACGGGUCAUCUUACUGUUCCCUCUACCAAUCCAAAUUAUUAAAUAAAAAAAUAAAAUAAAAUAAAAGAAUUAAAAAAUUCUGCUCUGAGACGUCCCUGCCAACAAGAGCAGAGUAAUUCAGGCACUCAGACUCCACCUCCAAUCCCAGCUCUCCAAAAUUUUCGUCUCUAUUGGCAGUGAACACAGGGAAACAACUGUUUUUGGUGUUUGAAGAAUAGUGAGAGCGGUUCGAAUUUGUUGUUUUGUUUAGAUAGCAGCAUAGCAUAUAUAUAUAUAUAUAUAUAUCUAUGGCAUUUUCUUAUGUUAUUUGUAACAAUGGUGGUGGUGGUGGAAUAGUAGUCAAAAUCUUGUUGUUGGUGUUUUUGUUUGAGUUGAUUGAAGGAGCUUCAACUCCGGCAGUGGAAGUGUUGGGGAACAUAUCCAAGGUGGAAGAUGCAGUGUAUUUCCAUAUAUAUUAUGGACAGACCUUCAGAGUCAUCAAGAACGCCAUUGAUGCCAAUAGCUACCUUCUCAUCCAGAGUGAUUCAAGGAUGGCAGGAAGGACAAAGUAUUGCACCUCAAGAAUCAAAUCCUUUCUAAUCCCACUUUCAAACUAUUCAGUUGAUACCCAGUUCUUUCCAGUUUCCUUUUUUGAGCUUCUAGGCUCACUACAGAGCAUGAAGGGAAUGACUUCGGAUUCAGUGGCUUCUCAAUGCGUAAUAAAACUGUAUGAAGCUGGAGAAAUCCAAGUGAUUGAUAAAAGUGAUCCACAACAAUUUUCACAAUUUGGAGCACAUUUUAUUAGUGACAUCGAUCAACCUCAAGCAUGCAAUUUCGCAUCUUUUGUUCCUUUUUCGGAGGAUACCCCUUUGCAGAGAGCUGAAUGGAUCAAGUACUUGGGAAUUUUUGCAAACCUUGAAGAUAGAGCAAAUUGGGUCUAUAAUGCAGUUAAAGCGAAUUAUAUAUGCUUGAGUAAUGCUUCUUCCAGCAGGACAUCGUUCAGACCAAAUGUAGCUUGGAUGGAGUACUCGAAUGGUAUAUGGUUGUUUACCAAAGAAACAUACAAGUUAAAGUAUGUGGAAGAUGCAGGGGGAGAAAACAUCGACAAAUCUAUAAACAAAAUCACCUAUAAUGUCUCCGAUCCUGAUGAAUUGGAGGCAUUCCAUGCCAUUCUAUGUACUGUGGAAGUGAUUAUUGAUGAGACAUACACUUCAGACCCAGCUGCAUACAAUCUAUCAAACUUUCUCCAAAAUGUAAAAGUGGAAGAUCAUUCUUGUUUUGGUUUUCUCUCAAACAAUAGCUUAUGGAGAUACGAUAAGAGAAUUCAAAACUCUACUGCUUUGGACUGGUAUAAUGGAGCGGUUUCCCAACCACAACUAGUUCUAGCAGAUCUUAUUGAGGCAUUGUUUCCUACAGGAAACUACACUACAACGUACUUUAGGAAUAUUGCAAAGAAUGAAGGAGUUAUAGCAAUUGGUCCUGAAAUGUGUGAUAGGAAUGUAUCCUUGGCAAUGGAGCCUACCAUAUUACCUUGUGCAUAACUUGUUUUUAUGAGCCAAAAAUAAUAAUAAUAAAAAAGGAAA